CUCAGCGAGAACUAUGGCUCAGCAGGAUUACAAAAAGCUUAGUGACAAACUGAUCACGUACAAAGACACUGUCUUAUCUUUGGAAAAAGAUCAUGAUGUUACUCCAGAGUAUAUUGACAGUUUAGAGGAUUUCGAAACCAGGGAUGAUGAUCUCUUUGUUGUUACCUUCCCGAAAUCAGGUACGGUAUGGACCCAACGGAUCAUUACUUUAAUAUACGAGGAAGAUUUCCCGGACAAAGCCAAACAAAGCACGUACGAGCAGAUGCCCUGGCUAGAGUAUCGUUUGAAGGGGAAAGAUUACAACACUCGUCCAUCUCCGAGACUCUUCUGUUCCCAUUUACUCCAGCCGCUGAUGCCCAAAGCGCUGCAAAGAAAAGGAAAGAUCAUCUACGUCAUGAGAAACCCUAAAGACGUCAUGGUGUCAUAUUUCCAUUUUUCCAACAACAUAAAAAACUUGGAUUCUUCCGAGAGCAUGGGCGAGAUGCUGGAAAAAUUCUUCACAGGAUGCAUGAUUGGUGGCCGUUGGUUUGACCAUGUUAAAGGAUGGAUUACAAAUAAAGACAAAUACAACAUCCUGAUCCUUACUUAUGAAGAAAUGAUCAAGGACCUCAGGUCUGUCAUUGUGAAAAUCUGUGAGUUUGUGGGGAAGAAUCUGUCAGACGCAGCGAUCGAUAAAGUGGUGGAGACAGCCACGUUCAAACACAUGAAGCAAGACCCCUUGGCCAACUAUGAAUCCGUUGUUCAGGAGGAUGUCACGAAAGAUCCAACAGGACUUUUUUUGCGCAAAGGAACAGUUGGGGACUGGAGGAACUCUUUAACAGUGGCUCAGAGUGAAUGUUUCGACCGCGUCUACCAAGAAAGAAUGAAGGACGUACCUCUGAACAUGGUCUGGGACAUCUCAGAAUUACUUGGCUGAAAACUCAAGACAUCCAUUUUAAAAACUAAUA